UUGGAAAACCGAGCAGUUCAAAUUCAAGCUUCAACUGAAACGUACCAUAUACAUAUAUAAUAUUUACUUAAAAAUCUGCUGCAAUGGCUAUACCAACCAUAAAAAAGUGCUUCUGCCUUGAGCUGAAGUGGGGAGCUCUCAUUGCCGCCUUGGUUGACUUCAUCUUUGCAGGCUCCUGUGUGGGCUGCACUACCGGGUAUAGAGAUUCCGAUGGAGGUUUGAAUUUCGUCUGGUAUGCUGUCGCCUUAGUUCACAUUGUACACAUAAUCUUCACCAUUUUGGUCAUUGUUUCUGUUUUUGUGGCAAACAAAAAACUCGUCAUACCUUAUCUUAUAACUGGAAUUAUUCGCAUUAUACUGGAUGUCAUAUUUUUCAUAUUUGUGUUAAUAGAUGGCACUGAUGACGUGGCGCUGGUUCUUAUCAUAAUUAACAUAGUUAUUGCAGACAUCUUGUGGAUCGUUAUCUUCUCAUGGUACAAGAAGCUUGGAGGCUCAGCGGAUGUAUAGAUCACUGAGACAAUACAAAAAUGAUGCCAAGACCACAAAAGAACACUAACUAAAUCGCAAUUAGAAUG